AUGGAGCAGGUCUAUGAGAAGCCGUUCCAGAGCCUGGUGUUCCUGAUCCGGGACUGGAGUUAUCCUUACGAACACCCGUACGGUCUUGAAGGAGGUCGCAGCUUUUUGGAGAAACGGCUUCAGGUGAAGCAGAACCAACAUGAGGAGUUGCAGAACGUGCGUAAACACAUUCACUCGUGUUUCUCCAACAUCAGCUGCUUCCUGCUGCCGCACCCGGGACUGAGAGUGGCCACGAACCCACACUUCGACGGCAGGCUCAGGGACAUCGAUGAGGACUUUAAGCGUGAGCUGGUGUCGCUGGUGCCUCUGCUGCUGUCUGCAGAGAACCUGGUGGAAAAGGAGAUCGGAGGAGAAAAGGUCACCUGCAGAGACCUGCUGCUCUACUUCAAGUCGUACAUGAAGAUCUACCAGGGGGAGGAGCUACCACACCCCAAGUCCAUGCUGCAGGCCCCCACAGCAGACCCCCACAGCAGGCCCCCACAGCAGACCCCCACAGCAGACCCCCCACAGCAGACCCCCACAGCAGACCCCCACAGCAGACCCCCACAGCAGACCCCCACAGCAGACCCCCACAGCAGACCCCCACAGCAGGCCCCCACAGCAGACCCCCACAGCAGGCCCCCACAGCAGACCCCCACAGCAGGCCCCCACAGCAGGCCCCCACAGCAGACCCCCACAGCAGACCCCCACAGCAGACCCCCACAGCAGACCCCCACAGCAGACCCCCACAGCAGACCCCCACAGCAGACCCCCACAGCAGGCCCCCACAGCAGGCCCCCACAGCAGACCCCCACAGCAGACCCCCACAGCAGACCCCCACAGCAGACCCCAGCUCCCAGUGCAGAGGCUCCUCCAGAGGAGCCUCCGGUUCCGCGUCUGUCCUCCGCCACAGCUGAAGCCAAUAACCUGUCAGCUGUAGCAGGAGCCAAAGAGAUCUACCACAGAAGCAUGGAGCAGAUUUGCGGCGGCGAGCGUCCCUACCUGGCACCCUCGGAGCUGGAGCGUCACCAUGGCGACCUGCGGGAGGCGUGCGUGCGUCAGUUCCGGUCGGUGAAGAAGAUGGGGGGGGAGGAGUUCUGCAGGAAGUACCAGCUGCAGCUGGAGGCGGAGCUUGACGAGGCCUACGUCUCCUUCUCCAAACACAACCACGGAAAGAACCUGUUCCACGCCGCCCGCACGCCCGCCACGCUCUUUGUUCUCAUGGCUGCCAUGUACGUGGUCUCCAUGGUGACGGGCUUCCUGGGCGUGGCCUCUGUGGCAGCGCUCUGCAACCUGGUGAUGGGCGUGGCUCUGAUGGCGCUGUGCGUCUGGGCCUACGUCAAGUAUUCAGGAGAAUUCAGAGACCUGGGAGCUGGUAUCGACCAGGUGGCAGACUUCCUCUGGGAGCAGAUGUUGUCUAAGGUGGUGGAGGUGGCUCGGAGUCGUGUGCCCCUGAUGAGCUGGAUCCCUCUGCCUCGACCUCGGCUCAACACCAACAACAACGUCAAGAAGAAAAACUAG